GGUGAGCGGCAGACGCCGCGGCGAAGCUGCCGGGGGACGGAGCGGGUGUGAGCGCCAGGCCUCGGGCCUCCUUCCCCAGCUUCCCCCCAUCACCGCCGCCGGGGCUCGGCCCGCACCUCCCUCCGAGCCCUGGCCCCGGGUAUGGACACGCCUUUCUACCAUGAGGACAGCCUGAGCCCGGCCCCCGCCAUGAAGAAGACCCUGAGCCUGCCCGUGGCCGGCAGCGGCGUCAAGAGCCAGCGGGAGGGCGAGGCCGCGCUGCACUCCCCGGACCUGGGCUUCCUGAAGCUCGCCUCCCCCGACCUGGAGCGCCUCAUUAUCCAGUCGAGCGGCCUGGUGACCACCAGCCCCGGGCCGGCCCCCGGGCUCUACUCGCGGCCGGUGACGGACGAACAGAACUCGUUCGCGGAGGGUUUUGUGAAAGCGCUGGAGGACCUUCACAAACAGAACCAGCUGAGCGGGCCUCAGGCCCCGGGCUCGCCUGACGGCGCUGGCCCGGCCUCGCAGCCCCCUGGGCCGGCCGCCGCCGGCCUGCAGCACCCGGAGCCGCCGGUCUACACCAACCUGAGCACGUACAGCGGGCCGGCCCCUGAGGCGCCGCUCCUGGGGCACAGCCCCGAGGGCCCCGCCGCCGCCGCCGCCUCGUACCCGGCCCUCGGGCAGCCGCUGUGCCCCCAGGCCCGGCUCCAGGCCCCCAAGGACGAGCCGCAGACCGUGCCCGAUGUGUCGGGCCUCGGGGACAGCCCGCCGCUCUCCCCCAUCGACAUGGACACCCAGGAGCGGAUCAAGGCGGAGAGGAAGCGCCUCCGGAACCGCAUCGCCGCCUCCAAGUGCCGGCGGCGGAAGCUGGAGCGGAUCUCGCGGCUGGAGGACAAGGUGAAGAGCCUCAAGUGUCAGAACUCGGAGCUGGCCUCCACCGCCAGCCUCCUCCGGGAGCAGGUGGCGCAGCUCAAACAGAAGGUGCUCACCCACGUCAACAGCGGCUGCCAGCUGCUGCUCUCGCCCCCGGUGCAGGCCUACUAGACCCGGGCCUCGGGUAACACCCCCACCCCGGCCCACUGCACCUCCCCCCCCCCCUCCCCCCGGGCCCGGGUAACACCCCCACUCCACCCCGGACCCGGGUCACCACACACCCCCGGGUAACCCCCCCCCCGGUGCAGGCCUACUAGACCCGGGCCUCGGGUAACACCCCCACCCCGGCCCACUGCACCUCCCCACCCUCCCCCCGGGCCCGGGUAACACCCCCACUCCACCCCGGACCCGGGUCACCACACACCCCCGGGUAACCCCCCCCCCCGGUGCAGGCCUACUAGACCCGGGCCUCGGGUAACACCCCCACCCCGGCCCACUGCACCUCCCCCCCCCUCCCCCCGGGCCCGGGUAACACCCCCACUCCACCCCGGACCCGGGUCACCACACACCCCCGGGUAACCCCCCCCCCCCGGUGCAGGCCUACUAGACCCGGGCCUCGGGUAACACCCCCACCCCGGCCCACUGCACCUCCCCCCCCCUCCCCCCGGGCCCGGGUAACACCCCCACUCCACCCCGGACCCGGGUCACCACACACCCCCGGGUAACCCCCCCCCCCCGGUGCAGGCCUACUAGACCCGGGCCUCGGGUAACACCCCCGGGCCCGGCCCACUGCACCACCCCCCCCUCCCCCCGGACCCAGGUAACCCCCCACUCCACCCCGGUGCCAGCCUACUAGACCCGGGCCCAGUGCACCCCCCGGACCCAGGUAGCACCCCCCCCCCCCCCCCCCCCGAGCCCCAGGCCAGUGCACCCCCGGGUAACCCCACUCUCUCAUUCUCUUCCCCCCCCCCCCCCCGACCCGGGUAACCCCCCUGGGCCCCAGGUCACCACCACCCCCCACCUCAGGUAGCACCCCCCCCCGGGCACAGCCCAGUGCACCUGCCCAAUCCCCUACCCCCCCCCCCCCCCCCCAGGCCCUGGCCCAGUGCAGCACAUCUCCCCUCCCCUCCCCAGGUCCUGGUGUGCACCAUGACCCAGUGCAUCCUCCGCCCUGGGGUGACAGUGCAGGGGGCAUCCAAGUGACAACACCCCCCUCCGCCCUGGGGUGACAGUGUGAGACGUGGACCUGGGGCCCCAGUGCAGGAAGUGGCACGCUCCUGGAGCUCCAGUGUGCAGGACGCUACCAAGUGCAUCAUUUGGCAGAUAUUUCUGGUUUCUCUGUGCUCAUCCUUCAGGCGUCAUGCCAAUUCACAAACUCACCUGGUUCCCUCGGGGCCUGGGGAAUGUUCAGAAACUAUUUGAAGACUGCAACCUGACUUCAGUUGACCAACAACCAAAUGGCUCCCAGAGUUGGGCAAACGUUUGCUGCAUGUCUGGCUCUGUGUUGACGUGUGGUUUGUUUCUGCUGUUCAUGGGAGACUGAUGCAUGGGACUGAGAUGUGACCUUGACACCACCUACAGACUGUCAACUGCUCAUUUUGUGCAGUGUUUGUGUUUUCAAUUCUGGUGCGAACUUUUUAAAUAAUUGUAAAUAAGUGUCAAUCUGUUACAAUGAUAGUGUUGGAAUGUGUUUUUACCAUUUGAAAGAUGCUCUAUUUAUAUACAUUAAUGGGAACAGUCUGUCUCGACUCUGGUUGCUCUACAUUCCAAUGUAUUGCCACAAUGUGAGAUAUCAAUAAAAGUAUUUUAUGUCAAAUACAA